AGACACGCACAACUCACCAUCAACGCGCCGCAAUCCGUCAGGGCACAAACCAGACCAUGAACACCCAGCCCGCAAAACCGCGACAUGCUCACCGACGAUGAGCUCUGACGCAACCGAUGACGACCCCGCCCGCGCUGUACCCGAGCCACUGUCAUGGGCUGAGCCCGACGCUGGGCCGCUGGUGCCCACUGCGCGCCGUGGACGUGUUUGCGCUGCGCGAGGUGGCGGAGUAUGAAGGGCAGGGGAUUUACUUUCACCUCAACCACCCCAUAAAAUGGGUGCGUCUCACUGGGAUUAUCGUCGCGAUGGACGAAUUCUAUAGCCGCGUUUGCAUCACCAUCGACGAUGGCAGCGGCGCCACAAUCGAAGCUACAUGCCUCGCCCCCCCACGCCCCGAAGCCACUGCGACAGUAGCAGCCAUUGUGGUCUCCACCGAGCGCCCUGCAGAUGACGCAAUGGUCUCACCUGAUGGCCCGAAAUUGCGUGGCGUCGAUAUCGGGAAGGUAGUCAAGGUCAAAGGGGGGAUCAGGGAGUUCCGUGGCGUGAGACAGCUGGCUAUGAAGGCGAUUUCUAUACUAGGGGAUACGAGGGCGGAGGUGGGGGCGUGGAGGGAGGGAGUCAGGUUUAGAGAGGAGGUGUUGAGGGUGCCGUGGGUGGUUACGGCUGAGGAGGAGAGAAGGUGUAGGGAGGAGGCCGAAGGGGAGAGGUGGAGGGUUGAGGAGGAGGAGAGGAGGAAGAGGAGGAGGGAGAGGAGGGCGAAGAGGGAGAAGGAUGGUGAUGAGGGCGGGAAGGAGAGGAAGAGUAGGGUGGAGAAGGAGAAUGCGGAAGCUAGGGCGGAAGCUAAGGCGGAGGAAGACGCCGAGGUAAUUAAGGCGCGCAGUGAGAAAGAGAAGAAGGCGAGAGAGGAACGGGAGAAAGCUAGGCGAGCGAGGGCUAUACAGCGACUUGUUAGCUCCCGUCCCGAUGGGGCAGGAAAGUACGCUGCUCUUGGUUUCUAACGCUGGUAUACGACUUGGAUGGCGUUGUUGGGAUUGUAUAUUGCGGGAUUAUCUGCACGGUAUUGUCAGGAUAGGAUAGAUACCGAGAAGUGAUGAAAAUAACGAUUCACCUUAACACAUGGUCAUAGUAAACAGUGCGUGCAGUACAUCAUGUGUCCCGGUCCUACUAUAAACACCUCUAGCAGUCCAAACCGUG